CAUACCCUCCCAAAAGAGAAUUACUUGGAGGAAAAAACCAUCUCAGAAAAGGGGUUAGCUUUUUGGCUAUUCGUUUUUUACUUGGUUAGCUUGUUAAUUCAGCAAAAGAAAAGGUUUGCAUUUUUGCAACCCCAAAAUACAAGUGAAAGCCAUGGAAACCGAGUCAGCAACUCAACAGAAAGCUGGGCUUUUAGCUCAAGGUUGGGGCUGGUUUAAGGCCUUGCCAGAGAAGUUCAACACCAAGGUUGCAGAGGUAUCCAAGAGCAUCAAAAAGCUAGGCAAAGAUGACCCAAGAAGAGUUAUUCACUCCCUUAAAGUGGGACUUGCUCUCACAUUGGUCUCCUUAUUGUAUUAUUGGAGACCUCUCUUUGAUGGUUUUGGGAUUGCAGGAAUAUGGGCUGUGCUAACUGUUGUGGUAGUCUUUGAAUUCACUGUAGGUGCAACUUUAUACAAAAGUCUAAACAGAGGUUUUGCAACAUUGCUGGCUGGUGCUCUAGGUAUUGGAGCUCAACAUUUAGCAAGCCUUUUUGCAGAAAGAGAAGAGCCUAUUGUCCAUGGGAUCCUUGUCUUCCUACUAGCUGGUGCAUCAACAUUCGCAAGGUUCUUCCCAGGGAUAAAGGCAAAGUAUGAUUAUGGAGUACUGAUAUUCAUAUUGACAUUCAGUAUGAUAACGGUUUCUGGUUUUAGAGUGGGUGAACUAUUGGAAAUGGCACAUCAAAGACUGUCCACAAUCUUGAUAGGUGGAUCCGCCUGCAUAUUUAUAUCCAUCUUUAUUUGUCCUGUAUGGGCUGGUGGUGAUCUUCACAACUUGAUUGCGUCCAACAUUGAAAAACUUGCAGCCUAUCUUGAUGGUUUUGGAGAAGAAUAUUUCCAAAUUUCUGAAGAUGUAGAGUGUGUCACCGCCACUAAAAACGACAAGUCGUUUCCUCAAGAAUACAAGAGCGUCCUGGCCUCUAAAAACACCGAAGAGUCCUUGGCAAAUUUUGCAAGAUGGGAACCAGGACAUGGAAAAUUUCUGUUUCGUCAUCCAUGGAAACAAUACUUGAAGAUAGGAGCUUUUGCCCGCCAAUGCGCUUACCUGAUUGAAACUCUAAGCACCCAGAUUAACUCCGAAGAUAUACAAGUACCAGCAGAAUUUGUUAGAGCAAUUGAAGCACCAUGUACAAAAAUGAGUAGUGCAUCAGCAAAAGCUCUAAAAGCAUUAGCCUCAUCAAUCAAAACAAUGAAAAUCCCCAUUGCUGCAAACCAACAUGUGGAGGACUGCAAAUGCGCAGUUCAGGACCUCAAAACCGCAAUGGAAUCUGUAGCUUUAGAGUCCUUAGACCUCCUAGCAAUCAUACCAGCCGCAACGGUGGCUUCGGUUCUAGUUGAAAUAGUAAAUUGUGUGGAGAAAAUCUCAGAAUCAGUGAAUGAGCUAUCACAACUUGCCCAUUUCAAGAAAGUAGACCCCACUGUAUCACCAGAGAAGCCUCACUUGCUUCACAGGGGAACUGUGAAUCCUGUCUUGGAUGGUGAUAGUGUCCAUGAUGUUGUAAUUACAGUACAUGGUGGUGGUGAUGAUGAUGGUCAUGAUGAUCAUCUGAAUACCCAAGAGAAUGAAAAUCAUCCUCCUCAGCCAACUAAGCGAAGAGAGAGAGCGUAAAUAUAUUUUGUUUACUACUAACAAGGCAUUAGUGUGAAAUGUUACUCAACUCUGUAUACUUUGUUAAUGUUGGGUAAUCAAUAAUCUGAUAUGACCAUUUCUUUGGUUUCAUUGAGGUGAUCGAAGAAAAUGUCAACUAAUCUUUGAAUCCCCUUUUGUAUUAAUUUCUAAGUUUUAGUAACAAAUUAUGAAGCUAUUUUGCUGCUUUGGCAGGAAAUUAGA